CCCAGUUUUGCACUCCAAAUUUCUCGAUGUGCCCUCUCUUUGACAUGGUCAAUAUUCUCCUUUGGAUUUCGUUUUUCGGAUUUGGCGCAUUCUCACCUUCAGAGUGUCGUCCCCGGGUGCGCAUCACACAAAUCAGUUUUGAUUUUGAUGUGAAAUUAGGCAAUGGAACUACGUGGCUCACUGAUGAUAGAACUGUCAACGUUGUAUUCGAUUUAAAAAAGGGUCUGAAAACAAUGAAGUCAAGGUUUAAAGUGGACUUGAUUCGUAGGCAACGGACGUUCAACGCAAUCGCUAAUGCGACCCGAGACUACUGCGCCCAAACGCCAAUCAUCAAUAAAAUUUGGGCCAAAUUUAGCCACGUGUUCUUGCAAACUUCCAACUUUCCUUCAACAUGCCCCAUUCCCAAAAACACAUACUAUGUUCGUAACUUGUCCUUUCCAGAGCAAUUUCUACCAAACUACAUGCCAGCUUUAGACUUUGUCGUGGAAACAACUUUUCUACACCGAAUGUAUUUUAAUCAGGAGGAAGUGUUAUUGAAAUACGUUACUCGGGGAAAGUUGAUUCCCUAG